AAUUGCGAAGUUUCAAGAAUUCUGUUACUGUCACUGUUUGUUUGGUAGAGAGGAAUUCUAAUUAUUCACAUAUCCCAUGCUGUUCGCUGUUCGGUGAUUUUUGCGUGGAAAUAACUCGUUUUAAUAACUGUGAUUAGAAGCUUUUCGUUGCUUUUAUUCUAGAGGAUAACGUUUAAAAGUUAGAGUUGGUAUAUUUUGUUCUGCGUUUAGCUAAGAUUCGAACGGUAGGCUAGUGUUAAAAGUUUAUUUAUAUUCAGAUUCAGGCCCACCGGUAGUUGAUUUGCUGAACUGUGUUUGUGUUCACCGCCGGACUUAACGAAAGGAACCGAACCAAAGUGUUUAUCCCUAUGAAGUGUUGUUGAUUGAUAUUUGACUAAUAAGGCUUAGGCUACACACAACUGAAGGCAAUCAUGUUCAGCUCCUUAAAACUUGGUGGAAUUCAAACUGCUCAGUUUCUAAAAUUAAACGAGCAUGUACUGAAUCGUUUAUGCAAUUCACUGUCAUGCUACACUUUCAACAAACUUGAACUCAACAAUACUGGCCAAGUUGAACAGUCAAGAAAGAAAUUUUGCAGAAAUUUUGGAUCAGUGACACCAGCAGCGAUUGGUCAUGCAGUCAGCAAAGAUGACCGUCGGGACUUUAUGGCAGUGUUUCCAGAUAUCGUGAGGGACUUGACGGAAACCCACCGACAGACAGAGAUACCGGACGUCACCAAGUGGUAUGCAAAGGUAUUACAAUACAAUGUACCUGGAGGCAAGAAAAACCGAGGCUUGGCUUUGGUGCUGGCUCACCGCAUGCUUGUUUCGUCUGAUGCUUUAACACCCGAGAAAAUCAGAGACACUCACAUUAUGGGAUGGUGUAUUGAAAUGCUUCAGGCGUUUUUCCUUGUCAUCGAUGACAUGAUAGACAAUGCAGAGACUAGACGCGGCCGGCCGUGUUGGUAUCGCAACCCCGACGUCGGCUACAGUGCGGCAAACGAUGGCAUCUUCAUAGAGUCCGGGGUCUACCAGCUACUCAGAAAACACUUUAGCAACAAGCCCUACUACAUGCAGGCUUUGGAUAUGUUUCACGACGUUACUCACAAGACGAUCAUGGGCCAGACCUUGGAUGUACUGACAGCUCAAAGUCUCCACAAGUACAAGCUGGACAAGUUUACUAUGGACAGAUACAACAGCAUCGUCAAGUACAAAACCUCCUACUAUUCCUUCCAUCUACCUGUUGCACUGGCAAUGUAUAUGGCUGGUAUAACAAACGCAGAGGCUCACAGACAAGCUAAAGUUUUACUUCUUGAGAUGGGAAAUUUCUACCAAGUUCAGGAUGAUUACAUGGAUUGUUUUGGAGAUCCGGGAGUAACCGGGAAAAUCGGGACGGACAUUCAGGACGGGAAAUGCUCAUGGCUGGCUGUAGUGGCUCUACAAAGAUGUACCCCGCAACAGAGAAAAAUCAUGGAGGAAUGCUAUGGCUCAACCGACCCGGAGAAGGUGAACGCUGUGAAGGAGGUUUACAAUCAGAUAAAUUUACCGCACAUUUACGCAACUUACGAGGAGGACAGCUACAACCUAAUCACCACUCACAUUCAACAACUGUCGGCCGGUCUCAACCACGAGGUGUUCUUCAAACUGCUCGACAAAAUAUACAAACGGGACAACUAAAGAGCAAACACUCGUCACACUGGAUGUCUAGAUACCUUAGGUUAGGAUUUAGGUGUAACUACUUAGUCAUUGAGCCGUAGUUAUGACCUUGAAUCGUUGUUAAGGUCGGUGCCAAAGUAUUAUGGGGGAAGUACAAGGGUAAUCAAACUAGGUUAUAUACCAUGCUUUAAAAAAGUGUUUGUAGUUUACUGAAUUAUCAGAUUUGCAUGCAAUCCAGUCAUAUCAGUUUUGUUGUAGUUUUUUUUU